CGAACGAAGUCAAGUUCGGAUCAGAUCAGGAAGGAGCGCACCGGCAGAGCGAGACAGACGGUACCAGGGGAGAGACGCACGUUUUCAUGCCAUUACACAUUAUUUAUUUCGCUCAUCGAUUGAACAGACAGACUUUCUUCAGAAGAAAAAAAAGUGAAGCGGAUCCCUGAAACGACACGGGGGAGAUGCAGCCGGCGGCGAGAUGGACUUUGCUGCUUCUUUCCGCGGGUUUGAUGGCGCGAGACUGCUUUUCAUCCAAAGCAGAGGACCGGCUCUUCAGGAAACUGUUCAGAAGAUAUAACCAGUUCAUCAGACCAGUUGAGAAUGUCUCUGACCCCGUCACUGUGGAAUUCGAGGUCUCCAUCUCACAGCUGGUCAAAGUUGAUGAGGUGAAUCAGAUAAUGGAAACAAAUUUAUGGCUCAGACAUAUUUGGAACGACUACAAGCUGCGAUGGAUGCCGGCAGAGUUCGAUGGGAUUGAGUUCAUUAGAGUUCCAUCAAACAAGAUCUGGAGACCCGACAUCGUGCUCUACAACAACGCUGUAGGUGAUUUCCUGGUGGAAGAUAAGACCAAGGCUCUACUGAAGUUUGAUGGUACCAUCACCUGGGUUCCUCCAGCUAUUUUCAAAUCCUCCUGCCCCAUGGACAUCACCUACUUCCCCUUUGAUUAUCAGAACUGCUCCAUGAAGUUCGGCUCCUGGACUUAUGAUAAAGCCAAGAUUGACCUGGUUCUUAUUGGGUCGAAGGUGAAUCUGAAAGACUUCUGGGAGAGCGGAGAGUGGGAAAUCAUUGACGCUCCGGGCUACAAGCAUGAUAUCAAGUACAACUGCUGUGAAGAGAUCUACCCAGACAUCACCUACUCCUUGUACAUCCGGCGGCUGCCGCUGUUUUACACCAUCAACCUUAUCAUCCCCUGCCUCCUCAUCUCUUUCCUCACGGUGCUGGUUUUCUAUCUCCCGUCCGACUGCGGAGAGAAGGUCACGCUCUGUAUCUCCGUCCUGCUCUCCCUCACUGUCUUCCUGCUCGUUAUCACCGAGACCAUCCCCUCCACUUCGCUGGUCAUCCCGCUCAUUGGAGAGUACCUGCUCUUUACAAUGAUCUUCGUCACACUCAGCAUCGUCAUCACCGUGUUCGUGCUGAAUGUACACUACCGCACGCCAAUGACCCACACGAUGCCGGAUUGGGUGCGCUCGGUGUUUCUCAAAGUGCUGCCGAAGAUUAUGUUGAUGCGGAGACCGAUUGACGACGACAGCAAGCCUGGGGGGUUGGAUAUCAGUGGGGAGGCAGGAGGAGCUGGAGGGGGAGGAGGAGGCGGAGGAGGUAAAGGAGGGAAGAAACGGAAGAAUAGCUUGAUGCAGCAGGUUGGAGGAGGCUCUCUCAACUGUCUGGAGGUCGGGGACAGUAAGUUCUCCUCCGUGGACGGCUGCACUGGUAAGAAAUGCCCUUGCCCCUGCCAGCAUGGGAAGGAGACCCCAGAAACACCAGACAUGGGGAAGAUAACACGUCAGCUGAGUCAUCAGAGCAUCAACACCGUGGUGGCCUUUUCUGUGCUGUCACCUGAGAUCAAACAGGCAAUCGAGAGCGUCAAGUACAUUGCUGAGAACAUGAGGAGUCGCAACAAGGCCAAAGUAGUGGAGGAUGACUGGAAGUAUGUGGCCAUGGUGAUCGAUCGGAUCUUCCUCUGGGUGUUUGUGACGGUGUGUGUCCUGGGAACCGUGGGCCUCUUCUUCCAGCCUCUUAUGGGUUUCUUCUCAUAACUGCCAACCGAUUAGGGUUCACUGUCACCCUCGACCAAUCCUGAACAAGUGACUAACUCUCAGUUCUCAGAUGACCAAUCAGAAGACAGUAUUUUGAGUCCUAAAGGACUAUUCGGUGUGCAGGUUUUGCUUCUUGCCUUUUGCAUCGAGCAGUAAUAUAGAAAAAUUGAAGUUGAGAAAAAAAAGAGUUUGAUGUUUUCAGACUGGUGGAUGAGCUGCGUAAGAGAUGCAAAGGUUAGAAUGCCUUAAAGGUUUUUACCCUUUAAGAAGCUUAUUUUUACCUAAAACUGCACUCUGCCUUUCUGAUGACCUUGACAAAAACAAGGUUAUGAUGCAGUGAUGCAUUUUAGAUCAUUUUAAGAAGUUUAAGAAAACAAACUUUAUUUAAAUUAAUAACUGACAGUUUACAGGAAUUAAAUGUGUCUCUGUUUGGUUGUGACAACAUGUUCUAGAGCCCAGAGAUUGCUGAACAGCGUGCAGUUAAUGCAACCUGGCCAGCAAUACACAGUCACUGAGGUUUGUUGAGCUCAUUUUACAUCCUGUCUUAACUGAAAUCAUUCCCAUGUUAUUAUAUAAAGGUCGUAACUUAAUUUUGACAAAAUAUUUAGUUACUGCGUUUUCGCCUCUUAGUCUUGAUUCCUGGUUCUAAAGAGGUUUAUUAGAGUUUGGGUGGGAUCAAAACUUUGCACAUCCAGUACUCUUUCAGGACUGGGGCCAGAUAAUUCAAAUCCAACAGAUGUUAGAAAACUGGGAACCCCCCCACCUCCAGUAGAAGUGACACAAACUCUCUACCAUACAAAGCUCAACCCUGCAGCAGACACCUCUCCCCCCAUUGAGCUGACUGAUGAUUGUCACACCCGCUCCCCAGUCGGUUUCAUCAAGCUGCUCACUGUCAGAGCCAAUCGCGCUCGCUGCGUUUUCUGUCAUUUACAAUUAGAGUUCAGGUUUCUGACGCACUUGGCAGUGCUGUUAACAAACAGGACAGACUGUUCCUCUCUUUUGUAAUUAGAAACCAUGUGUUUAUAAAUGUUCUCUCUGAUUAAUGUUCCACCAGGUAAUUGGUUGGCCUGGUAAAUAUUGGAUUCAAUGGUACUUGAUUAGUUACUCCUGAAAUAGCAUUUCUAUUAAUUCAUGAGAGGAUUCUAUCAUCCAAUUUCAAGCCUGUUAAUUCUCUUUUCACUUUUGAUUAAGUUUACGAUUAAGAGCAAACGUGCAACGCACAAAACACACAAGACAGAAUCUUUGAUUACUUUGACCACAAUAUUGUUGUUGGAUUACAUUAUUUUCUCCCAUACUUUUUGUUUAUAUGAUGAGGAAAUGCACAACUCAUGCUAAAGGGAGCAAACAUGUUUGUACAAAUGAUCUUUGCCUUUCUUUUGUCUUUGAACUUAAAUAAAUGCGAUAUUUGUUCAAAUAAAAUGCGAAACAUUUGCUGGUAGAGGUUUUAAAUAUGCCACAAAAAUGAAUAACUAGCUUGUGAAGCAAUUUACACACACACACACACACACAC